AUGGCCAAGCGGCCACGGAUAGACUCAAUAGCAAAGAGAAGACAAGAUCACAUAAACAAGAAUCCCCCGACGACACCAGCCUAUAGUGCAGUGGCAAGGUCAUCAUGUCCUCCAAGUUGCAAGCAGAGCUCGGAGAAACAAGGGCGGCAAAAAUUUGAUAACCAAAGAAUGAGGGCGGUGCCCUCAUAAUAGUGAUUAAACUAUUAAGAACAGAUACUACACUUGAUCUAAGCCAAAGGCCAGAGUGGUAGGGAUUCAAAGCCAUUCACAGCCCCCUUUUAUAU